AUGCACAAUCCGCCGAGCCAGGACAUGCGUAGUGACAAGGCUUGCUCAGCUCUAGCUGUUGGGUGGCCGACGCUGUGCUCUCCAUUAUUCUGGCUUGACAGUGGUGGCGAGCUCGGUCCUCGGGAUGAAUGUGACCCUUUUUUUGCUCAGCUUGCAUAUCCGGGGUUUUGGCGAGCCUCCUAUCUGCAUAGCGGUGAUGAGAGGCGACCAAUGGCAGUGGGCGCAUGCUGA